AAAUAAGAUUCUGGCACAUUCCAAAGUCUAUAAUGAGAUUAGAAAAUAUGUAGGCACUGUCAGCGGGCAUAAUUAAGGUGAUGAUGGUAGGUUUAUCCCAUGGCGGAGGACCCCUCACUUGUUCCGCUGCCCCUCCAAGAUCAGAAAAAAAUCAUGGGAAAAAAAAAAACUUCAAAACGCAACCGAAUCGUGGAUCUUGCUCCAGCAACAUUGACAACCUCGAGGGAACUCCUAAUCCCAGCACCAUACUACCACUCUUGACCCAUUCACCCCUCUACUCACUUCUAUAACUUUUAUCAAUUAAACCACCGAAAUCAACCACCAUGUCGGCCGCCAACAUCCCUCCUCCCGCCGCCGAUCAGGACUACAAGGCGACUCUGCUGCCUCUUCUCAUGUCCAACAGUGUCCUGUCUUUUGGCUCCUAUAUCCUGAAAUCCGGCCGUGAAUCGCCUUACUUCUUCACCUCAUCCCUCCUUCAUACCGCUCCCUUGCUCCGCGCCACCUCCGCCGCCUAUGCCAGCGUCUUGUCCGCCCCGCCUUUUGUCACCACCGCGGCCGACGGCACCACCACCCCCAACUUUGACAUCAUCUUUGGCCCGGCCUACAAGGGAAUUCCCAUCUGCGCUGCCGUCACCAAUGAGCUUGCCGUGCGCGACUCCCUCUCUGGCAAGGGUACCUGGGACAACGUCAGCUACUCGUUCAACCGCAAGGAGGCCAAGGCACACGGCGAGGGCGGAAACAUUGUUGGUGCCUCGCUGAAGGGCAAGCGUGUCGUGAUCGUGGAUGAUGUCAUUACCGCGGGAACCGCCCUGCGUGAGGCCGUCGGCAUCAUUGAGAAGGAGGGCGGCAUCGUCUCCGGAGUGGUCGUCCUGCUCGACCGUGAAGAGCGAGUCAGCGACGCCGAGUCCAAGAGCGCCAUCGGUGUUGCACAGAGAGACCUCGGAGAGAACAUCCCCAUUCGGGCCGUCAUUGGCCUCCACGACUUGAUUGAGACGUUGGGCCCUAAGAUCGGAGAGGGCGAGGUCCAACGGUUGAAGGACUACCGGGCCCGCUACGGAGCUGAAUAGAUUCGGAAGUACUCGGUACUUUUGAGUAUAUAGCACAAAAUGACUGAUGGAAAUGAUACCAAAUGAUUCUCAAUGUUUUGCAUUCUUGUUCUUCUGACAUGCUUGCUUCUUAGAUGAACACCCGAAGUGCCAUGUUGUGCAUACAGCAGCUCUUGAUAGAUUGCUAGCAUCUUAUACAUCUUAUACAGUAAUCUGUUAGUUCUAUAUCAUGUGGCUAACGAUCUGGACGGGCACUAGGAGGGUUUAAUAUGACAAGCUGUUGUCGAUAUAUAUUCCCUGUCCGCAUACUUAUAUCCGCACUUUCGUGUGAUGUUCUGCAUCUAUUCAUGUAAUACUUUCUGCUUCUUCGCUAUCCAACAGCUACUCUAGUUUCAUUUCUGCUUUUAAUCUAGACUAUUUGUGAAGAA